AUGCCUGAAUUAAUUGGGAAAUACUCACAUCCAGACCAUGUUAAGCAGCAGUAUGGUGUGAUUGAGGCAUGUCUGAAGCGGCUGCUAAGAGAUGGAAAGCCAGAAAGUACCCUCUGUCCUCAUCCAGAACAGGUCCGUACUGUACGGCGAUUAAUAUAUGGAUAUGGUGACACUCUGUUUAUUGCGCGGACUGGGUUUGGCAAAAGCCUUAUUCUUCAUUCCUAUUCAAUAUUAACAGGAAGGAUAACCAUCCAACUUGUUCCAUUGACUGGACUUGGUGAGCAGCAACAACGGGAUAUUGCUGAAUUCCCAGGGGCACGGCCUUGUAUGAUCACUGCAGACUCCAAGAGAGCUGAACACUCAUGGUUGCAGUCCAUUCAACGGGGGUUAUAUACCCAUGUUCUUCUCAGCCCAGAGCAGGCUCUCUCCAAGGUCUUUAAGGGAGCCUUGAUGAAGCCUGACUUCCAAGCACGGAUUGGACUUGUGGCUAUUGAUGAAUGCCAUCUUAUACAUCAGUGGAAGAACUUCCGUACACAAUUUGCUAUGCUGGGACAGUUAAGGCUCUUACUUCGUGAGGAUAUUGUCUGGUUUGGCUGUACAGCAACAGCCAGCAGUGCAUUCAUUUAA